AAGGCCCACCCCUAAAAUAUCAGUGGUUUAGACCAAAGCAACAUGGAAGCCAAGUUGUUCCUGCAAAUCUUCAUCUUGCAACUUCUAGGACAAAUUUUCCUAGUUUUUGGACAGCAGUGCACGCAGUCAGGGGCCUGCUCUUGUACAAUGACUAACACAGGUAAAGUCGUCGACUUGGAACCUCUGGCUAGUAAAGACGGACAACCAAGGUUUAUCCAUCAAGAUACAGGUGGCACAUUCUUCUAUUACAACCCCUGCACACCAUUCAAGAAGGGAGAUGUACAGGGAGAAUGCCAAGGAAAUGAUGUUGCCGCCUGCCAAUAUGACGGAGCUGGAUACUAUGACAUCGGUGAUCAAAAGACUCUAGCAACAUCCUAUGAUACCAGCACUGGAGCAGUACUCUUUACCUAUAGUUCUUCUACUACUAGGAGUACAGAACUUCUCCUGGAGUGUACACAGGACCCAGCAGUACAAUUCACUGCUACUGAAAAGACAGGAAGUCCUGGGAAAUAUGUGAUGACCAUCAGCAGCCUGUGUGUGUGCCCUGGGAGGUCAAAGGAUUGCAACUCUGCCGGCAGUGCCUCAGGGCUCAGUCCUGGGUCCACCAUGUGUAUACUGUUGACAGUGUUUGUGCUGGUGUACGUGGCAGGAGGGAUGUUGUUCCUCAGGUUUGCCAGAGGAGCAGAAGGAACCGAAAUGAUCCCCAACUACGAGUUCUGGGCAGACUUCCCAUACCUAGUGAAGGAUGGCUUCACGUUUGCCACACGAUCGUGCCGAGGGGAGGAGGCCUACGCUUACGAGAAGAUCUAACACUUGGACCAGAUCCGUUCCGCCAUAUUCAUCAUCAUCAUCAUGGCCGCAAUUCAGUUAAACCUUAGGCUGAGGUCAUCACCCCUUGAAGAAGAAUGGAUCCAGCCAUCUCUACUUUUACACAGGGCUGUAGCCAGCUUGAAAUUUUUUUUCCAUCAGCCCAGGUUUGGAUUUUCAAGCCUUCAAAAAUGCAAUUUCCUGCAUUUGGAGAGGCAAAUCAUGGUGUUUGAGAGUGGUUGUCGAUGGUCCUUCAGAUGUUUUCCUAAGAUUUUUGUUAAUUUUGUCUGUCAAGGUUGACUAUUGGUUCCG